AACCUUAAAAGUCCUCAUCACCUUACACGAAGCCAAGUUAAGGUCCUGAUAUUUUCAUCUACCUCUCCUGUUCUCUCCAAUAAAGACAGAACCAAACAAAUCCCCUGUCUCCUCCUCUUCCUCAAGCUGCCCUGUUUCUUUCCCUCAGUUCAGACUAAAGUGUAGGGUAAUGUCAUAUACCUAAAACUCCUAGCCAUUAUAUAUUCUCUCUGUUUUCCCCCAGGACACAGUUCAAGGCCAUCAAGAACCAUGAAGUCCAAAACCCAAUUCUCCAUCAACCUCAAGCUCAUCCUCCUCUGCUUUGUCUUUCUCAUCAUCCUCCUCUUCCUAAUAAGAUCAAGCUUUCCAUCUUCCCAGCCACCCAUCCCAGAAACCCACCUCUCAAAUUCAACAACAACAUCAGAAUGCUCAUCAUCCCUCCUCUUGAAACCAAGUUGCACAAAAACCCCACCUUCCCUAGCCAACGCGCUCAUCCACUACGCAACAACCAACAUCACCCCACAACAAACCCUGAAAGAAAUCUCGGUGUCAGCAAGAGUUCUAGCAAAGAAAUCGCCAUGCAACUUCCUAGUCUUCGGCCUCGGCCAUGACAGCCUCAUGUGGACCUCACUCAACCACGGCGGCCGCACAGUUUUCCUCGAAGAAGACAAGGCCUGGAUCGAGCAAAUCCUGCAACGUUUACCCUCAUUGGAGUCAUACCAUGUUUCAUACGACACCAAAGUUCACCAGGCUGAGGAGCUGAUGAAGAUUGGAAUGGCAGAAGAUUGCAGAGUUGUGGGUGACCCGAGAUUCUCCAAGUGCCACCUUGCCCUCAAGGGCUUUCCAAAUGAAGUGUAUGACAUAGAGUGGGACUUGAUUAUGGUGGACGCGCCAACUGGGUAUCACGAUGAUGCGCCGGGGAGGAUGAGCGCCAUAUACACGGCCGGGUUGAUGGCGAGGAACAGAGAGGAGGGUGAGACGGAUUUGUUUGUUCAUGAUGUUGAUAGGGUUGUGGAGGACAAGUUCUCCAAGGCUUUUCUUUGUGAAGGGUACUUGAGCGAACAAGAGGGGAGAAUCAGGCAUUUCAACAUUCCAAGCCAUAGGACUCGCCAAGAGAGACCCUUUUGCCCGUAGAGGUUUCAUUCUCUCUUCGUCCUUCUUACUGUGUACCCUUUUAAUGUUCUUGUAUAAUUCAUGGUUUCUCAUAGAGAUACGUUACUCGAGGGAAUUGGAGCUCUCGGAUUCUCCUUAUAUAUAUAUGUAUUUUCACCCUCUUUGAUCC